AUGUUCUGUCUUCUUGCAGUAUGCCGAUUUUCAGAUGCAAUGUUUGUGACUGGCAUGGCAAUUUCACGGCAUGGUGGAACUGUGCUCAUUGAAGCAGGGACGAGUGUGCAUAAGACAGCGCAUUCGAAGGAACGCAAGACAAUGCUUUUGCCGUUGAUGGCUUUAGGCCAUGCAUUCAGGUUUGACAAGUCUUGGGGUGAGCGUUGGGUACAUGCAAUGUCACGACAGUUUGCCGAGAGUCGGAAGCAGUUUGUGCUGCCUGCAUACAGUGAACAAUCCAAUCGCUGGCUCACCAGACCCAUGACCACAGGUGAAGGGGUUUUGUGGUUGCGCGCAGUCAUUGGGUUGCGUUGUCGAACAGGUGACAGUUUGACAACACAUAGUCUCAAGACUACUUUGCUUUCAUGGGUAACCUUGUUUGGCCUGAUGAAUUUUGAUCAGCGCCGGGUUCUUGGACACCAUGUAGAAGCAGGGCUGGCAAGCCCCCUCACUUAUGGAAGGGAUAACAUAACCCCUUUGCAGAUCAUCAUUGCAAAGCUCCUGAAGCAGAUUGCUCGAGGGGAACUGGACCCUGAUGCGCCUCGAGUUCAGAGGAUUGACAAAGAGAUGGAACUCAAAGAUACUCUGGACGAUCUGGAGGCAGAUCACGAAGACGCAGUUUAUGGCGUCCAUGCUCAGGCCCAUGAUGAUGUGGAGGAAGUGGAUGACGCGCUUGAGGCUGAUGAGAUGGUCGACAAAGCCUUCGACGGGAACAAGAUUUACAUCUCUGCAACAAAGGCCGAUGGGCGUCUCAAGCAACACCAGGUUUCAGGGGUCCUUCACUUCAUAGGGAUGGAUGACAAGUUUGUUUGUGGUCGUAGCAUCAAUGGGUUCUACGAUGAUGUGGUAGAUGAUCUGGCACAUGACUGGCCGAUGUGCCAACAGUGCAGGAAAGCAAUGGGUGAGGAGACCAUCAGUACGUACCUUGAGACAUGA